AUGUUUUCAUAUCUAUCUAUCUAUCUCUUCCUAUUAAAAUCUAUCUAUCUAUCUAUGUAUGUAUCUAUCUCAAUUAUAUCUAUCAAUCAUCUAUCUCAGCCUGUUCAUAUCUAUCUAUCUAUCUACCUAUCUAUCGAUCUAUCUCUAUCUCUUCCUAUUAAAAUCUAUCUAUCUAUCUAUCUAUCUAUCUCUAUCUAUCUAUCUAUCUAUCUAUCUAUCUAUCUCAGUCUGUUUAUAUCUAUCAAUCAUCUAUCUCAGCCUGUUCUUGUUCAUAUCUAUCUAUCUCUGUUUAGACAUGUCUCAUCUAUCUAUCUAUUUAUCUAUCUAUCUAUCUCAGUUUUCAUAUCUAUCUAUCUAUCUAUCUAUCUAUCUAUCUAUCUAUCUAUCUAUCUCAGUUUUCAUAUCUAUCUAUCUAUCUAUCUAUCUAUCUAUCUCAGUCUGUUUAUAUCUAUCAAUCAUCUAUCUCAGCCUGUUCUUGUUCAUAUCUAUCUAUCUAUCUAUCUCUGUUUAGACAUGUCUCAUCUAUCUAUCUAUUUAUCUAUCUAUCUAUCUCAGUUUUCAUAUCUAUCUAUCUAUCUAUCUAUCUCAGUUUUCAUAUCUAUCUAUCUAUCUAUCUAUCUAUCUAUCUAUCUAUCUAUCUAUCUAUCUCAGUCUGUUUAUAUCUAUCAAUCAUCUAUCUCAGCCUGUUCUUGUUCAUAUCUAUCUAUCUAUCUAUCUAUCUAUCUCUGUUUAGACAUGUCUCAUCUAUCUAUCUAUUUAUCUAUCUAUCUAUCUCAGUUUUCAUAUCUAUCUAUCUAUCUCAGUUUUCAUAUCUAUCUAUCUAUCUAUCUAUCUAUCUAUCUAUCUAUCUCAGUUUUCAUAUCUAUCUAUCUAUCUAUCUAUCUAUCUAUCUAUCUAUCUAUCUAUCUAUCUAUCUAUCUAUCUUACAUACAACUUAACUGA